AUAUGUUCACAAUGAGUCUGCUGCAUGACAGCACACAUUCUGCUGCCUGAAACACGGCGAUAAGAUGACAGAAAGGGGCAUUUGUGUGUGAUUUAGAAGCUUUUCUGCGCCUGGGAACGCUGUUGUUGGACCGUGUCCAUCUUCUUGGCGGCGACGGAGGGAUAUUGUGCGGCAUAAAUUAGGCUGAAGACACUCAGACAGACAAACAGACAGACAGACAAACAGACAGACAGACAGACAGACACUCCUCUUUCUGUCUCACAACCCGGACGCAUCACACACCAAACUCAGUCCACGAUGACGGCUAACAGCAGGUGCAGGAGCCGCGCGCCCCGCUCAGAAGAUGCAGAGGAGAAGGAUUACGUUGGUUUCGCGACGCUGCCCAACCAGGUGCACAGGAAGUCGGUGAAGAAGGGGUUCGACUUCACCCUCAUGGUGGCAGGUGAGACACGCUGGCCUUUCUGCUGGAAUGGCUUUAUGGUGCAGGAGAGCACUCCGUUCGCAGUGAUCGGCAGCAACACUGUGGUCGAAGCCCGAGGCCAGAGAGUGAGAGGGAGGCUCUACCCGUGGGGUAUCGUCGAGGUGGAGAACCCAUCCCACUGCGACUUUGUGAAGCUGAGGACCAUGCUGAUAAGAACCCACAUGCACGACCUGAAGGACAUCACCAACGACGUCCACUAUGAGAACUACAGAGCUCAGUGCAUCCACACCAUGACCAGCAGGAUGAAUGCAGUCCGGGUGGAGAGCCCCAUCCCCCUCCUCCCCAUGUCCACAUCGGACGUGGAGACUGAGAAACUCAUCAAAAGGAAAGAUGAUGAACUGAGGAAGAUGCAGCAGAUGCUGCAGAAGAUGCAGCAGCAGAUGCACGACCACGACCUGUGACCUCUUGUGCUACUGAUGUCACAGCUACUUAUUAAUCAGCAGACACGCUGGAACAACAAUUAAACAUUUAAAGCUUCAUGAAGUCCAUUCCUCCAGGAGAUGGGAGGAUGAAUUCUCCCGAUAUUUACAGUCAAUAUUUCUCCUGAUUUAGAAAAAAAAA